CCUCCGGCACAGCUGAGCCCGGCCCGCAGCUGUGGGUACCGUGCCCGGGGCCAAGGAAAUGCCAUUAAAUCCUAGUGGUUUCACCUGAAGAAUCCUUUAGGGUUAGAUGGAGAACGUUAAGGUCAAGGUUCCAUAACAGCGUGGGGUUUUCUAACCUAUACCUGCCAACAAAUUGUUUGUGGAACUGAGGACAGAAUUAAAAAAAAAAAAAACCAAACCCGAACUUGCAGCUGUAGGCUGAGCAAUAAUUGAAGUGCUCAGGCAGGUUCUGGUCUUCAUGCAGCAAAAUGAAACCUUGUCAUUCGGGUUGAAGUUAAGUGUAGCAUGAGCUGUCCUUUAAAAAAAAAAAAAGAAGUGCAUUUUAAAGAACUGAAAAUGUGGAUUCCUAAAGUGUAGAGAUGUAAGGACCUAUGAAAAGGUUAACUUUGCUCAGUUUUUUAAUGUCUGUUGGUAUGUUUUGACCAUAAUUAAAGACAGUUCACUCAAGUGACUGUGUUGCUUUUUUUAUAAAAUUAUAGAAUAUAGCGUUUAAAAUGUUGAGCAACGUAGUUAUAGCGUGGUUUGUUCACAAGCAGACUAAAAAAAAAAAUUGGAAGAAAUCACUGAUCGCUGCAGUUUGAGUACGUAGCUUUUCUAAUAUUGCUGUUAGAAUUCUGAAUUUGCCCCUGGGUACAAGAACCUUUGUGUGUGUGAGUGUUGCACUGCCAGCUUUCUGUGCAUUCUCUGAAUCUUUCAUGCUGAGAAAUGAACAUCGGUCUUGAGGGAACUAAAAGUGUCUGGGUUUUGUUCCAGGGGCUGCAGGUGUGAAAGAUGAGGCUGAACGAGAGCCGGACAAGACCCUUCCAGGCUCCUGCCACUGUGCACACCUUCCCGGGCAGGCAGGUGUACGUGUUCCCCAAUGGCCGCUCAGACUCGGACGAGUCCUCGGAGGAGGAGCUCAACGUGAUGGAAUUGCGGCCCCGGGGCAAGGAGCAGCAGCGGGGCAGCAGCCGGGACAGGCUGGGGGACGUGGUGCUUCUGGAGAGGGAGCUCACCCAGGACGACAGCCUCAACAAGCUGGCCCUGCAGUACGGCUGUAAGGUUGCAGAUAUCAAACGCGUCAACAAUUUCAUCCGGGAGCAGGACCUGUACGCGCUGAAGUCCAUCAAGAUCCCGGUGCGGCCGCACGGGCUGCUCACCGAGAGCGCCGGGGCCCUGCGGCCGCCGCCGGCGGGGCCCGCCCAGCCCGGCCUGACCCGCGUGGAGCCGCCGGAUCCCGAGCCCGAGCCCGGCGCGGGCGGCUCCGCUGGCGGCCGGCGCCUCAGCGAGUACUUCAGGGGCAUCGACCAGAGCAUCCAGGACGCCGUGCAGGUGGAGGUGCAGCUGAACGCGGAGUACGGCGGGGAGGCGCUGGAGAGGCCCGUGCCCGAGGCAGGGAGGCGGGACAGUGGUAACGGUGCGGACUGCGGAAUCCAGUGGUGGAACGCCGUGUUCAUUAUGCUCCUGAUAGGAAUUGUCCUGCCGGUGUUUUAUAUCAUUUAUUUUAAAACACAAGGCCUGGUGGCCCACGCCUUUAACAUAACAACCCCAAAUGUUUCAACAGCUGCAUUGGAAGGGAAAUUAACGCAAGGCUCAGACGUAGGAAAAAAAUCCUAAGGGGAAGUGGCAGCCCGCUCCAGCCUGUCCAGCAGCGAUGCCCCUAUGCUUGUGACUGACUCAAGUGCAUCCAAGGGGAUAUAACAAUACAGAUUAUUUUUAUUUUUAUAAGUAGCUGAUGAUGUAAUCCUGAAUUUGACUGAAAAUUAGGUGAUGUGAUUUUGACAGAAAAAUAAGGAUGCUUUGUUACUUACAGAGAUCAUCACCCAGGUGGCUUCAGAGUUGAGAACUCCGUUGAGGGAAAGUAUUUUGUAGCAAUUUACUCAUUGUGGUUGCUUCAGGUAUUUCUUAAUGCCAUGUCUAGAAGCAAGUUCUUUGCUGCUGAGCUAGAGAGUGCAGUAUUGUGGUUAGAGUGUUGGGGGUUGUGUGCAUUUUAAGGGAACACCUUUUCCUGGGUGUAGAAGUAGGGGACGCUUUUUCUCAGAAGUGUCAUUUUGUCUCUUGCAGGCCAUGGUGAUUUUGGCCUGCUUGACCCUAACGAUGCCUUCUGGGGCUCUAAGCUGGGUGUGCCAGGGCACGAGGAUGCUGCCAGCACCCCACACUGUCAUUCCCCCGAGAAAACCUUUGAGCUGUGUUCAUUAGGAUGCAUCAGGCCCACCCCUGGGAAGGGUGAGCCCAGACCUCUUCCCCUCAGUGAAAUCCUUUAGAUACGGCUCCUGAGAGCAGAGAUCUCAGUGCAGGAUCUGUGCUGUCCCAGGGUACUGCUCAGCCCUGCAUGGCCCCAGGUGGGCAGGGGCUGUUGGGAGGGGACAGGAGAGCACAAGAGAGGAGUCACAGGCACUUCUCAAGGUCUCGUUUGCUCGCAAGACAUCUAGUCAGUAUUAUUUGCUAAAAAUCUCGUAAUAGUCUAUAGUGGUGCUUCUCAGACACCCGGGCUCAGUCAUGGAAUCACUUCCUUGUGUGCAGUCUGAGUGAGGGUGAAGUGCUGAGCUGGGUGCAAGUAGCAAGGUCCAGGACAGAAAUCCAAGAAGAAAGAAGGGUGAAGCCAGAGGACUGUGAAGCUGCUGAUUGUGACGGGUUUCUGUGAACUGAUCAAGUGCAUUGAAAAGCUCCACAGGGGAGUGGAAGAGUCAGUCCAGCCCCAGGGCUCUGCUCUUCAGGGCCACUCAGGAAACACUAACUGCUGCAAAGGAGCAGCAAGGGAAGUCUUGGGAGCUUUGCUAAAGAGAAGAAUUUGCCUCAGAAAUUUGAUUCAGCAAAUUCCAGGCCUGUGGGCAGAGGUAAAGGCUUUCCUGGAACCAAACACUAAGGUAUUUUGUGUGGGCAGGUGCCGUUGGUGCUGAGGGUGAGGGCAGAGCUGGUGGAGGAAGCCACUGUUUGUCCUGCCCACCUCGGCCCAGUCCCAUUUGCAGCUUCCCAGCUGCCAGCAGGACCACAGGGCUUGUCCAGUUUCCCCUGGCAGCCAGAGGCCGGCUGGGCAGAGCAGAGGCUGGAGAGGAGCUGUGCUACAGACACCUGUUGUACAGGUGUGGCCUCAGCCUGGCCUCAAGGACUGCUCUGCCUGGCCAGGGAGGACUGAAGCUUCUCCAGCAAGGUGAGGACCCCACACCACACAAGCACAAGCCUGUGCUGUUAAAAUGAGAACCUCUGUUCCCUUCAGCUCUCCAAAGUGGGAACCUAAUUUUGUAAACAAGCACUCCAAAUAUCUUAUACUGGAACAAAAACUUGUAUUUUUCUUCUGUGAAGAGCUGUAUCUCUUUGUUCUGGGGAGGGGGCGGGAAGGGGUUCUUAUAUUUUUAAAUAAAGUCACAUGAAAUAAAAGCA